CACAGCCCACAGCCCACAGGGGAGGGGAAGGUAGUCCAUGCGUGUGCACAACACAAAGCACACUUGACAGACAAAGCUUCAUUCCACUUGUUUCCAGCAUACGUAGCUAGUGCAACUGCAAGCUCCGGAUCCUCCUCAUAUCAGCUAUAAAUUAAAAGGUCGUGACAGGUGAGGCCGCGCCGCGAGGAACCGCGUCGACCUUGUCGUCGAUGUUGGCUUGCAAGGCGAGCCCGAGCCGGCCGUGCGUCGUCCCCCUUGUUUGCCUGCUGGUGGUGGCGGCCGCAGUCGUCGUCGUCGCUGCCUCGGCGCCGCCGGCGGAGGCGGCGUUCGACGACAACUACGUGGCGCAGUGGGGUAGAGAUGGUUAUCACCUUGUCGUCCGGGGCACGGAGGCGAAUGUCACCAUGGACCAGAGCUCUGGUGCCGGGUUCCGGUCCAAGUCCACGUACGGCUCAGGGUUCUUCCACAUGAGGAUGAAGCUGCCCUCCGGGUACACGGCCGGCGUCGUCACGACCUUCUACGUGAGUCCGACGACCGAUAUAUAUGUGUUGUUGCAUCUCAUCUCGCAGCCGGAGGAUGGGAGCCGCGACGAGGUGGACUUGGAGUUCCUGGGCGACAAGGCCGGCGUGCCCAUCACCCUCCAGACCAACGUCUUCGUCGACGGCCGCGGCGACAGGGAGCAGCGGACGCGCCUCUGGUUCGACCCCGCCGCCGACUUCCACGACUACAAGAUCCUCUGGAACCCAUACCAGCUCGUGAUGUUCGUGGACGACACGCCGGUCCGGGUGCUGAGGAACCUGACGGGCGCCGUGCCGGGGUACCCGUUCCCGGGGAAGCAGACGAUGCUGAUCCGCGCGAGCGUGUGGGACGGCUCCGACUGGGCCACGGACGGCGGCCGGACCAAGGUGGACUGGUCCAGGGGCCCCUUCACCGCCGGCUACCGGGGCUUCGACGUCGACGGCUGCGCCAACAACGGGAGCGACGCGUGCCAAUCGCCCGACCUAUGGUGGAACGCCGCCGAGUACCGGAACAUCACCGCGGAGCAGCGGGCGGCGUACGAGGACGUGAAGAGGAGUUACAUGAACUACGAUUACUGCGCCGAUAAGGCCAGGUUCAACAGCACCACCGUACCCAUUGAAUGCAACUACGCUUGAUAAGCCAGCUAGGAGUGGCGUUGUAUAUUAUACAUACACGAAAAGAUAUGUCUGCUUAUUUGUUGCAUUGCAAGGGUUUAAAUAUGCAAAUGCUUAUAAGGACUACAAAAAUAUAUUACUUUGUCACUAAAUUUA